AUGACUUCCACCGAGAGACACGUUGAUGUGCCGUGGCUGGCGAAGCCGAGUGGAGACUGCUGUUUGAAGGGACACCUUCAUGUUGGAAGUCCUAGAGGCAAGUUCGAGAACAUUGCUGGAGUCGAUACGUACAUCUCAUCGCCAAAUCCUGGCCAGAGCAAUGGUCAUAUCUUGUUCUACUACGCCGAUGUGUUCGGGAUGUUCACAAACGCUCAAUUGGUCAUGGACACCUUCGCAGAUACGUCUGCACAUGCCGGAUAUCUAACCCUCGGCCUGGACUACUUCCAGAACGACCCAAUCUUCCUCCACCGAGACUCCAACCGGCAGCCAAAAGAAGAAGGCUUCGACUUCGAAGCCUGGGUAAUGAAGCACGCCGCCUGGGCCGACAAGAAAGUCCCCGAAUGGACCAAGGAAGUCAAAGAACUCUACGGCAAGCCCAGCACCAAGUACGCCUGCGUCGGCUACUGCUUCGGAGCGCCGUAUGUCUGCAACUCCCUCGCAGACGGAACCUGCCAAGUCGGCGGGUUCGCCCAUCCGGCGUUCUUGAAGGACCAUCAUUUCCGCAACCUGAAGGCGCCGCUUUAUCUGAGCUGCUCCGAGAUUGAUCAUACGUUCGGGACCGAGUCGAGGAACAAGGCUGUGGAUAUCAUGAUUGAAGAUAAUAAGGAGUACGGGGUGCAGCUUUUCCAUGGGGUCGAACAUGGGUUUGCGUUGAGGGCGAAUCUUGACGUUCCAUAUGAGGGUUGGUGCAAGGAGCAGUCGCUCAAGAGCUUGGUGGCUUACUUCGAUUACUGGCUGUCUCAAUAG